AUGCCUCAAUUACUGCGAAACAUCAACGGGAUCAUCGACGCCUUCCAACGCUACGCCAGGACGGAGGGCAACUGCAUGGUGCUCACCCGGGGGGAGCUGAAAAGGCUCCUGGAGCAGGAGUUUGCUGACGUCAUCGUGAAACCCCACGACCCGGCCACCGUGGAUGAGGUCCUGCGCCUGCUAGAUGAAGACCACACAGGGACCGUAGAAUUCAAGGAAUUCCUGGUCUUGGUGUUUAAAGUCGCACAGGCCUGUUUUAAGACAUUGAGUGAGGGUCCUGAGGGAGCUUGUGGACCUCAAGAGUCUGGAAGCUUCCCCCGUGGGGCCUCGGCGGAGCUGGGAGAAGGACAGAGAAGUGUCACAGAAGUGGGGGGCGUUGGGAAAGGACAGCGUCACGAGGGGAGCAGUGGUGGCCAGGGCAGGCAGGCUUCCAGAGGGCAAGACGGGGCUGGGGCACACACCCAAGGACCGGACAUCAGCUCUUCUCAGGUCAGUCACCAGGAUGGGCAGCACGCAUCCCAGAGACAGGAGAGAGAGAGCCAGCAGACUCAAGCGAGGGGGCACGUGGAGCCUAGCCAGAGAGUGGGAGAAGACCAGAGUCAUCGGACCAGAGAGUGGGUGUCGGAGAGACAGUCACAGACUAGAGAACAGAACAGAGCCCACCAGACUCAUGGGACUGUUACUAGCACCGUAACUCAGACCCAGACAGGUGCCACCCAAACCACGCAGCAGGGCAGGAGCCAUCAGACAGGAAGCACCAGCACCCAGCCACAGGAGUCCACCCAUGGCCAAACCAGAGGGACUGAGACCCACACUCAAGACAGGAGCCAGAUGAGCCAGGUAGCCACAGGAGGGCACGUUCAGACACAGACAGGGUCACACACCCAGGACAGGAGCCACCAGACAGGAAGCACCAGCACCCAGUCUCAAGAGUCCACCUAUGGCCAGACCACAGGGACUGAGACCCACAGUCAAGACAGGAGCCAGAUGAGCCAGGUAGCCACAGGAGGGCACGCUCAGAUACAUGCAGGGUCACAUACCCAGACCGCACAGCAGGACAGGAGCCAGACAGGGGCUAGAGAACAGGGACAGACCCAGACACAGUCAGGCAGCUGUGAGGCAGAAGAGACAGUGCCAGGCGGUCAAGCGCAGGCUGGGACCAGCACCCCGACAGGCAGACAGGACGGCAGCAGCACUCACCCAGGGGGCAGUGUGGCAGGAGGGCAGGAUGAAAGAGAGCCCCUGGUCAAGGAGGAGUGGGUUGAUGACCAGGCCAGGGAGGCAGUGAUUGGAAGGCAGGACCAGGGCAGCCUGCACACCGCCCAGCCAGAAGGGAAGCGAGAGCUCACAGCCAGGGGGCUGUAUUCCUACUUCACAAGCAACAAGCCAUGA